AUGGCAAUGCGAAGUCCGAUCAUUGAGCGGGUCCUAUCUCUACCUUUGAGAGUGAACUCCACUGCCCGCACGCCAUAUGCAGAGGCAAGUUCCGCGGUCUCAUCAAACCUUGUUAACCCUAGUGAACGACUCGAUGAGGACAUGAGCAUUACCUCCCCAUGCUCUGCUUACCUGCCAACACAGCCAUUCACGACCGUCAUUCAGACCUCCGUGCCACCGCCGCGUCGGUCACUGUCUCACUCACGGACCUCAUCCUCCUCUACGAUUCAAGAGCCCUCCCGCACGCCGAUUCGCAAGGCCAAGCGAUCCCACUCCCCUCCGCCCCGUUAUCACAUGGUCCUCCGCCCCUCCCUCGCCUCCACUCUCAACAACGCAACCCCCUCACGACCAGACCACUACCCUUUCGCCAGUGCCGCCCUCCGAACGGCGUAUCACAGCGUCAUCACCCACCUAUCCACCACGCUGGUCCCCCUCAUCAGCGUCAGCACGGGCCUCCCACACCCAGAGUUCCCGCGCAGCCUUCUGCAGUACCACCUUCUCACACACGCACAGCUCGACAGCCUGGCGCGCUGGUACCAUCAGACCGAGCCGGCGACCGCGGAGAGCUGGCAGUAUCCGGCGAUUAUCCCGCCGUUUACGAGCGCGGCGCUCUCGAUGGCGCUUGGGGACGGUGCUAACAGCAGCGCGUUUGACAACGUGAGUCUGGAGACCAAGCGGCGGAGGUGGGGGCGAUUCAUUGGCUUGAGGGGCUGUGAGAGCCCGACCGAGGAGGGCGAGGAUGUGUUGGAGAGGAUGGAGAGGGAUUGGUGGCGGGCGAGGGAGAGGGCGAGGGAGGAAGAGAUCGCGCGGGAGAAGGGGUGGAGGGGUCGAUGGUAG